CGCGCAUUGCACACGACGCGGAAGUUUUAUCACAAAGGAUGUCGCGGUCAUGGGAGCCGCUCCCGCGGGGGUUCUUCUUGCCGCCCCGGAUGAGCUAUGAUGAGGAAGAGUACCUGCGGAGCCUUGCGAGGACUUCCAUGAAGGAGCUCAUCCGCAUGAACUCGUUCGCGGACAUGUCGAUCCGGUGGAAGCCGACAAAGUCGGGCAACGACACAAACGCCCGCGUCGCGCUGUUUCAAGGGGAUGAUUUGUCCCCGACGCAGUUGACGUACAUUUGCGCCAAGAUGGAAGUCCGCGGCACAGUCUCGGAGAUUGCAGACCUUUUUUACCCCGACGACGAACCGUUGGCAAACCUGAGGAGGCUCUUCCCCGACCUGCUCGACGCCCAAUCCAUCUACACGUUGAAUCUCCCAUCCGCACGAGCGCCGCGCCACUACAUCGGCAUGCAAUGGAUGGUGUUCGAGUCGCCGUCGUCGCUUAUCAAGCACCGAGACUUUUGCGUUCUCGAGUGCCAGGACGAAUUCACAGACGGGUCACAACGACUGGGGUGGGCGCGAUCCCUGACGUCCAUCAAGACGCCGUGGUGUCCCGACCUCGAUCGUUCGUCGGGCAUCAUCCGGGGCAGCAUGUUUCGAACGGGUUGCAUCUUCACCGAGACGGACUCGCCUGGGCGAUUGGACGCCACCUACUUCGUGCAGAUGGAUUACAAAGGAUCCGUGCCAAAAGCGAUGCAGGUCAGUGGGAUGCGCCGGCACGUCAAGGGCAUCUUGCCCUUGGUCGAGUCGUUCAUCCUGCAAGGUCGACUUCGCGAAACCCCCUUCCUCACGGAACCGGAGCUCGUUCCCACGACCGCGCGGCGAAGCUGCCACGUGUGCCAUUUGGUCUUUGGCGCUUUCCACCGACGUCGGCGCUGCCGCAAGUGUGGCGAAGUUGUGUGUGUGGGAUGCAGCAGCCACGUUGCAUUUGACGAACUCGACGGCCUCAAGCUGCGCAUUUGCACAGCUUGUAUCAUGCACGUGAUGCUUCCCGACGAAUUCCCGAAUCCGAUGCGGUCCCAAUCGCAACGUUUCCGGCCCGAUGACGACUUGGACGACAUCGAUUUUCAUUUUGGCGUGACGAAUGGCCGCAGCAGUCGCGGCGGGCCCCUCAGCGCGACCGGCCAAACUCGACGAACCAGCCAGACGUGGGACCAAGACUCAACCCCAAUCACGCCCAUGUCUCGAGGAACCCCCAUGUUCAAGUCGCCGAAAAACAAAGCCAAAGAGAAACUCCACCCGGACCACCAUACAUUUAGCGUCUACGCGCCGCGCGAGCGACUCGAGCAGCCCAAGACCCCUCGCCGAUCGAGUGGCGAGGAGCGGCCUCGUCGCUCAAGCCACCGCCACCAUGCACCUUCGUCAGGGUCGGAUGAGUUCCAGCAUCCUUUGACCACGCACCGAUGGCCGGGCAAACCUCGACCCAACGACAACCGCGACGCCAUAGCAAGCGACGCCGCCGGUGGCCACUCGAUACCACCCAUGGUGACCCAAGCCGACCCCCACCGGUAUCGCAAUCGAGCUAUCCAUUCUUCAUGCCAUGACAGCAUCGUGUCCCCGCCACCAGUUCCGACAACUCCGCUUCCCGAGCCACACGACGAUGGCCAAGAUGACGAAGUCGACUUGUCCAAGUACUCACUCCACGGGAUGAUUGCCCACCAGCGCGUGCAACUCCAGCGCAUGCACGAAGCACAUAACGCUGCGGUCAAGCAUCGCUCCAUGGAGCACCACCUCGUCCCAUCACCCAAAGUGUGCGAGUCCGCGCCGAGCGACGUCUUCAGCAUAUGCGAUACAGACAUCAUGCAAAACUAUAUGAUGAAUCGACUGCAGUCGCCCGAUGACCACAUCGUAACGCGGCGUCGGGGGCCUCGCCAAGGAGCGUCCGAGUUGCACGUCCCCAGCGAUCCCGACUGGGUCGAACACAUCGAAGCGGCGCCGUCCACGAGCGAUGGCAACAGUCCCCGGUUCAUUGAGCUUCCACCUGACGACCCGACGCGACUCCGGGCCCCCGCAACGUUGUCACCGGCACCAUCGACAAACGACAAACCUGCCGCCGGCCACCUCGACGUCGAUCUUGCUGCCGUCAUGCAGUCUGUGCAGUCGUGCCUUCAGAACGACGGCACGUUCGAGUUGAACGCCGCCGCGUCGCAGUCCCUCUUGGAGCUGUACAGCCAGCUCAAGCACCUCCACUUGGACACUGCUGCGCCGUCGCCACAAGCACCGUGACGGCACCUCCCCCGAUCUACCGAUCUAAGUGUUCCAGUGCAAUUUUUUCCUAGCGUGACCCAUGCGUGCUAUCCCAUCUACCACAUCGACCCGCGUGACGCUCCCGAGUUGGUGUCGCCAAUACAGAUCGCCCCAUGCAUGUACACGA